AAGACGAUUCCCAAUAGCUCGCAAAGACAUUUCGCACUCCGCUGUUGCGUGCGCCCGCAAGGGCGCAAAUUUCACUAGAAGCAGCUUCACUUUGCCUGAUUUUGAAGCCUACUCUAAUAAUUAACACUUCGACAUUACGUCGUCACCUUUGUUGAUUGCUGCCCAGAACACGUUCAACACUGUUUCUCUUCUCCUCGAGUUUUCUCGACCUGUCGCUGUCUACUGCUGUCUACCUAUCCACCAAUAGGGAGUUGCCCAGCUGAUUGCGUAGGUUGACUGACAGUGACAAGUUCGUUGUAUGCUGGGCUUACUUCUAUUGUCAUCGAAUAUAAUACAUUAAUUUGUGAUGUGGAUAUUUUUGGGCAAGACAUAGUAAUUGACAUGGUGCCUGCAUGGAAGCCUUUCAAUUCAUUAAGAGGUAGUAAAGAGUGAAAUAUUUUCCUUCCUUUCUAUGCGUGAUUCCAUCGUUUUAACUGUAGAUGACGUUCGCGUUCUACUAUCCCACUUCCGGAAUGCAUAAGUGAUAUUGUCUGUGUGAAAUUUUGUGAGCAAAUAAUUGAAAGAUCAGAAAAGCACGCACGAUUACAUUGCAUUUAUUGUAAUAGAUCACUAGUGGAAUGGUCUUAAAACAAUGUUAAAAGUGUUAAGAGUACGAUGCGGGUUGAUCACGAGUGGUGAAUAUUUUGUUUAUAGUGAUGAAGAGUUAAAACCGAAAAUGUCGAAUCGCAAACCUAGUAGUGCGACAUCUCGUCUGAAGCAAGAUUAUUUGAGGCUGAAAAAGGACCCUGUACCCUAUGUAGUAGCUGAGCCGUUACCUUCAAAUAUUCUAGAAUGGCAUUAUGCUGUAAAAGGUCCAGAAGGCACACCUUAUGAGGGUGGACUGUAUCAUGGAAAGCUAGUCUUUCCCAGAGAAUUUCCAUUUAAACCUCCAAGUAUUUAUAUGACUACACCUAAUGGAAGGUUCAAAACAAAUACUAGACUCUGUUUGUCGAUUAGCGAUUUUCAUCCAGAUACUUGGAAUCCAGCAUGGAGUGUAUCUACAAUAUUGACAGGCCUUCUUAGUUUCAUGAUUGAAAAGAGCCCCACACUAGGCAGCAUUGAAUCUUCAGAGUUUGAGAAGCGGCAGUUGGCUGCUCAGAGCCUUGAAUUCAAUCUGAAGGAUAAAACAUUUUGUGAACUCUUCCCUGAUCUUGUGACUAGCAUUAAGACUGAAUUGGAAAGAAGGGCAGAAGCUGAAUUGGCAGCAAGGAAUAAUCCUCAAUCUGCAGUAGUGGCUGAUGCUCAUGGAGGGAUACAGAAUGAAUUAGCGAAUAAUGAUCAGAGCCCUUUGCACAGUGCACUCACCAACAUAUGUGUUAUAAUUGGCUUUGCUGCUUUUGCAUAUACUGUCAAAUAUGUUUUACGAAGUAUUGCCAUGGAAUGAGUAAUGCAAUUGUCUUUUGUGGAUAUUAGAGGACUCCAGUCUUUUGUAUUAUACUCUGCUUCUGACGAGUACGUAAUGCAACAUGAAGCACUUCCUUGAGAAAAGAAUCUGAAGAGUCACAAGUGUUGGUUCUGUGCAAAAGAAAAUAAAAUCAUUAUCAGAGAGAUUCUCCAGCUUUGUGAUAUAUUGCUUCUAGUUAUCAAUCAUUACAUCACUUAAAUCUCAUAUUUAAUUUUUUGUGGAUGCUGUUAGGGACUACCUAUAAAAUAUUGAUUAAAUUUUUUAUUUUUAUGUCUCCUGUGAGCAAAGUAAUUUAUACAUUGUACUAAAUUGUCGCAAAUCUUGGUGUUAUUCAGUGCUGUAGUCGAUAUUACAUUACUUUUGAUAAAAUAAUGGAGUAUUUAAUUGGCUUUGUAGUGCUGUACGUACAAAUGGAGAACAAAUAAUAUAUUUUUAAUGUGUAGAAAGCUGGAUAAACUGGAUAGUUAGUUGCAAAGUAUUUAUUUAUAAUUGGGAAACGUCGUCAUUCCAAUAUUUUCAGAAUGAUUUUUAAAACAUAUCUCGAUCUUUCUCCAGUGGUAAAAAGUGUAUUGAUAUAUUUGACCAUGGUGAAAUGUGUGUGCAAAUUUGACACCUAAAUCUUUAUUUAAAUCUUAUAUGGUUAUACAUUUGCACAGCAUAAGUUACAUAAACUUCAUUGUUUGUUAGGAAAUGGACCAAAGGCUACAUUUUGAAAUGAAAAUGUGAUUGUAAAGUAUGAUUCUGCCUAUUUGCUGGGCUUGUGAUCAGCUUGUUAAGUUGAAUAUGGAUGCCAGUAACUUCCAUUAACAUUUGCCUUAUUGAGAUGUAGAAAUAAUCAUUCACUUUUGUUAAUUUUUCAUCCUGCACUUAAGUUUCAUAAAGGGAAUAUUAUUAAAAUCAUUUCUUCAAAAAAUGUACAGAAUCCAAAUCAUUUGGGUAGCAAAGGAUGUGUAGAUAAUUACAUUACCAGUAAUCUUAGGAUUUGUCAAAAUGCAAUCAAGAAUUUUUUUGUUAUUUUGAAAAUAAUAGAAGUAAUAUUUUAUACCAAAUCUCACUUCUCUGGGAGUAAGUGUGUACAUAUACUCCUCUUUAGAUCAUCAAUGAAGUAAAAUGGUACUAAAGUGGGUCUUUACUGUAUUAUAAGUUGUUCCAUACAGAACUGUGUCCACUUUUAUUUUCUGUAUAUGUUACUGAAAUAAAAUGUGUUUCUGAAAUUCAGCUGCUUUAUUUUUGUAAAUUGAUCAAUUAGCCUCCAUUAUAUUGUU